AUGGAUUCUGUACAACACCUGGCGACGUUCAGCUUAAUGGUAAUGGAUUGCGAUCAGCCUCCACAGCACUUCCCAAUCGAAAUUGCCCCCAAAAAAAUUAUGGUGACUGUUUGCUGGUUUGGAGCCGGUGUAAUUCAUUACAGCCUUUCGAGUCCGGGUGAAACGAUCGCGGAAGAGAAGUAUUCCAACAAAUCGGCAAAGUACACGGUAAACUCCAACACCAACGCCCGUUUUGGUCAACAGAAAAGGACCAAUCCUUCUCCACGACAACGGCCGGCCUCACGUUGCGUGACCACUGCUGCAAAAGUUGAACGAGUUCGGCUACGAAAAUUUGCCUCAUUCGCCAUACUGACCAGACCUCUCGCCUACCGAAUAUCACUUCUUCAAGCACCCUAA